AUGCCCGACCGUCUCUCUCGCCUAUUCAAAUCGAAGCUGCUGCGGCGAUCGUCCACCUCGACUGUGCCUCUGAAGAAGCAAAAGGCGGACUCCAGAGCGGUCGACUCCAGUACCCUGACCUCUUCGCCCUCCGACAACGUCGUCUCUUCUUGCGCGCCUUUAUUUCCCUCCCCUUCCUCCCCCGUCGAGUCUACUGCAAAGCCCCGCGCCUAUAGCGUUGUCUCCUCGCUACCUCUCGACCACCCAAGCUCCCCGGACGAGAUACUCGUGGGCGCGGGCCCAGCUACUCCAGCGACCGGUACCUCUGCCGAUUAUCAGGGGCACCACUAUAAUCACCAGCAGCCCCAGCACCAACACCAACAGGGACUGUGUUUAGACUCGAUCGAGAGAUCCGCAUCGGUAGGAAAAGGCCGUCCGGACGAAGUAUUAACGAGAAGAGGAUCGCAGCCAAAGAGUGCGGAACUAUCGGGCAAUUCCUUGGAUCCAGGUCCCACUACCACGACCGCCGCCUCCGCCGCCGCAGACCAGUGGCAACAACCCGAUCAGCAUCGGAAAAGAAACGACCUCUCGGGUCUGCAAUCGACUCAUUUGCCUGUCGCGUCCUCGCCCGGUCCAUCGAGUUCUUCCCCGCUUCCCCUUUCAGAUCCGUUUGGUGGUGCCUUGCAUUCGCCCAGGCUACACGAAGAUCAACAACAACAACAACAACGCUCCGGUGUCAAUCCUACGACCACAAUCGUUGAUCCUCGGGUCUCGACUCCGUCGCUUGCCCCUGUGGCCGAAUUGGUCCCCUCUGACCAGACUCCAAAUAAUCACAACUAUCAACAUUCAUCUACUAUACCUCCGCCUACUUCCUCUUCGUCCCUCAAGCGUCCUAGCCUUGUCGUGCGCAGACAGUCUCUGCUUCCGCCUAACCAACAACACUUGGUCAGUGGCAUCCUAGACCCUGGUCUACUAUUUCACAACGGCACUCAAGUUACGAGCAGUCGCGGCGGCCCAGUCAACUUCGAGAUGCCAACCCGCAAGAUUUGGGUUAGACGCCCAGGUGGUUCGCAAACUUUGGUGCCAAUUCUGGAGGAUGCCGUGGUGGACGAGUUACGCGACCAGGUCAUUAUCAAAUUCACCAAUUCUUUGGGGAAGACGUUCGAUUCGCCCGAUAUCGUGAUCAAGAUUGUCCCGCGCGAUGGCUCCACCAAACAGUCCACUCCGGAACGGCUAUUGAAUCCGGAGGAAUCACUGGCAUCUGUAUUGGAUACCUACUACCCCGGGGGGCAGCGUGUGGAGGAGGCUCUGGUCAUUGAUGUCCCCCCUCGUCGAACUCCUAAACCCUCCCCGCGACCGAUGUACUAUCACCACUCUGAUCCCGUUGAACAUGGAGAUUACUUUUCCAUUAUGCCUAUGAAUCACAAUGUCUCGACGCCCCCUACGCAUGUCUCCAGUGCUGCUACCAGUGUCAAUGCGCAUCAGACUCCGUCGAUAUCGAUCUUAGCUACGGGCAAGGCUCCUCCCCUCCCAUCUCCAGGUAGUACUCGCGCGAAUCGACAUGCUCGUCGACCUCCUACAAUACGCCAUCCUACACAUCCUACAAACUCUCCGACCACAUUGCAGACACCAGUGCCAAAAGAAUCCGUCACCCCCGCUGUUCAAAGUCCUCAAGCAGCUCCAGCAGCUGCUACGCCACCACUCCCUCCAGCACCCGAAUCUCCACAAUCCAAGACAUUGACUCCACCCACACGGGGAUCAUCACCGCGAGCACGGCCGUCUUACAAGGACAAGAAGCCCAAUAGUCCAUUGUCGCUGAGUGCUGCGUUUGGUGGUCUCAUCGAGGGCACCGUCCCUCCGAUCAACGUUCUGAUUGUCGAAGAUAACAUUAUCAACCAGAAACUCCUAGAAGCCUUUAUGAAACGUCUCAGUGUUCGUUGGAAGUGUGCAGCCAAUGGCGAAGAAGCCGUGAAAAAGUGGCGCCAGGGUGGAUUUCACUUGGUUUUGAUGGAUAUCCAGCUCCCCGUCAUGAACGGAUUAGAAGCUACCAAGGAAAUUCGACGACUGGAACGGUUGAACGGGAUCGGUGUUUUUCCCAAGACCCCUGAUGGCCGCUCCAGUGCCAAUACAAACUCAUACUUUACGCCAGGGGCAGGCCAAGGGGUUUCAAGUACUAUCAAAGAAGAGGAUACACUGCAUGACCGGACACUAUUCAAGAGUCCCGUCAUCAUCGUAGCCUUGACAGCUAGUAGUUUACAAAGUGACCGUCAUGAAGCCCUUGCCGCGGGCUGCAAUGACUUCUUAACCAAGCCUGUCGGCUUUCCCUGGCUCGAACAAAAAGUCACCGAAUGGGGCUGUAUGCAAGCCCUAAUCGACUUCGACGGCUGGCGCAAAUGGCGUGGCUUCAACGACGAUCCCGAACCUUCUCCCUCCCCCACAACAGACGGCCACACGAGUCCCAUGCACAUGAGCACGGCAGUCACAAAGCCUCCGUCGCCGGUAUCCCCCUCGUCUACCCGCAGCCCGAUGGUUAAGAAUCAGGUUGAUGAGGUUGUGCCGGUGGCGGCGGACGAAGGCGAUGGUAAAGCAGAGGAAGAUCCGCCGCGUUUGCCAGAGCAGGCGGAGAUUGUGAGGGAGGAUGGUGAAUAA